GUGCACGAAAUGAUUCCCAUUUUGUACCUUUUUUAUAUUCUCUAAAACUUUCUCUCAAAAGCCAUUGGUGCCUUCUCUGCAAUCAAUCACAGAUCCGUUUUGUUUCUUACAUCAUCAAAAUGAAUGGCUUCUCUGAUCUCACUCCUUCCGACAGCAAACCAUCGCUUGCACAUCUUGCUCCUUUAGAAGCCAUUCUGUUUGAUGUUGAUGGAACACUCUGUGACUCUGAUCCCAUCCACCUUAUCGCCUUCCAAGAACUGCUCCAACAGAUUGGUUUUAACAAUGGUGUCCCAAUCGACGAGAAGUUCUUUAUUGCUAACAUUGCUGGAAAACACAACUCUGAGAUUGCUCUCGUUCUCUUCCCUGAUGAUGUUGCUAGAGGGUUAAAGUUCUGCGAGGACAAGGAAGCUCUCUUCCGCAAACUAGUAGCAGAAAAGGUUAAGCCACUUGACGGACUUCUAAAACUAACCAAAUGGAUCAAAGACCGAGGACUGAAACGAGCUGCUGUCACAAACGCUCCAAAAGAAAACGCAGAGCUCAUCAUAUCGAAACUUGGUCUAACUGAUUUCUUCCAGGCAGUGAUUCUCGGCUCUGAGUGUGAGUUUCCCAAACCACACCCGGGGCCUUACUUGAAGGCCCUCGAAGUGCUCAACGUGUCCAAGGAGCAUACGCUAGUGUUCGAGGACUCGGUCUCUGGGAUCAAAGCUGGAGUUGCGGCUGGUAUGCCUGUGGUUGGACUUACUACAGGUAAUCCAGCAAGCGUGCUGGUGCAAGCUAAACCUGCUUUUCUUAUAGAGAACUAUGCGGAUACGAAACUGUGGGGUGUGUUGGAUGAGCUUGAUAACAAGGGGAGUUCUCAAAAGUCUUGAGGAAUGAGUGAGUUAGGGAGCUUGUUGUUGUCUCACUUGUCUAGCUCAUGAAGCCUACGCACGCAUGAGCAGACCUUUUUAUCUUUUGUUGAUUAUUGUUGAAUAUUCUUUUGGGGAUUUAAGACAAUGGGAGGAGCUUCCAAGCUAUCUGAUUAUAGCCAGGGCUGUCUUUUUCUAUUUUCUUUUGACGAAUGUAACUCUUUUCAUGCUCAAUAAUACCAAAUUUGAACACCAA